AUUCCACCAGAAUAAAACCCAAACAGAAGUUCUGCUGAUAUACUUGACCAGUGGCAUUAUCAUGAUUGGGGACAAAAAUUGGCUAGAUCUAAUAGAAACCAGGUGCCACCUCUCAGUAUCUGUCCUACUAUUUCUCUGUGGUGUAUCAGAGUCUGGAAUUUCUUUUUGGUGUAAGAGGUACCUCUAUACUUGUUCUCUAUUUAUUCAGUAGAAUUUGAAGGUAGGAGCCAAAAUGUGGCAGGAUCCAGCAGAGUCCAGUUGCUGGAUUUGGGCUUUGGGAGUCUGUUGUGUCAGGAUGUAUGGGGUCCAGGCUUUCUGGGGCAGAUUAUUUUUUUAUCCUGAUGGUCCAAUUGAGGGGGGCGUGGAUGCAAAAAUCAGCAGGAUCCAGGAAGAUCCACCUUAUCCCUUUUUUCUGAAGGGGACUGAUGGUGCAGCCACUCCUGGUUAUAGAUGAUCCUAGUGUGUGACUGUCAUGCCUGCAUGCCUCACUGUUUGUACCAGCUGAAAUAUUGCAUUAGCUUAGAUCGAUCAUUCGAGGUGAUGCAGCUUUAGUGGUGGCCAGGUUGUGGUCCCUGUUGCUCUGCAAGAGCCAGUUUGGGAGAGUGCACAAAAACUAGAGAGAGAAAAACAACCCCCCUUCUCCCCCCCCCCCCGGAUUAGCAUCCGACAAAAGAUGGGAAGUGAGGGAGCCUGUCGCUGGGAUUGGUGUAGGCAGCAGGAGGUGAUUCCAAAGCGUUUGCUGAGCAGAGCCUCUGCACCAGCUGCAAGGGAGCUAAGUGCUGCGGGGCUCUGUUGCUUGGGCACAGAAGAACUUUAAUGAGAGAAGUUGCCUGAUCUCAGCUCUGUUGGGUGAGUUUAAUCUCGUUUCUCCAGAUAUUGGAGCUGGUGGCCACAGGCCAUCUCUGCAUAAGGGCAUGUAAACUCAAGAAAACUGGGCAUUUGCAAUUCAGACCUUCCUCACUUUUUGGGUCACAUCAGAGCGAACAUGCCAGAACAAAGCAAUGAUUACAGGGUGGUUGUGUUUGGAGCUGCAGGGGUUGGUAAAAGCUCCUUGGUCCUUCGGUUUGUAAGGGGAACUUUCAGGGAAACCUACAUCCCUACCAUUGAGGACACUUACAGACAGGUGAUCAGCUGUGAUAAGAACAUCUGCACCCUUCAGAUUACAGACACCACUGGCAGCCAUCAGUUCCCUGCUAUGCAGAGGUUGUCUAUCUCCAAAGGUCAUGCUUUCAUCUUGGUGUACUCUGUCACCAGCAGGCAGUCCAUGGAAGAACUUCAGCCAAUCUAUGAUCAGAUUUGUCAGAUCAAAGGGGAUAUCCAAAAGAUUCCAAUAAUGUUGGUUGGUAACAAGAGUGAUGAGACCCAGAGGGAACUGGAUGCCAGUGAAGGGGAAGCCUUAGCUAGCAAGUGGAAGUGUUCCUUCAUGGAGACAUCGGCUAAAAUGAACUACAAUGUACAGGAGCUCUUCCAAGAACUCUUGAAUCUGGAGAAGAGAAGAACUGUCAGUCUACAGGUGGAUGGGAAGAAAUCCAAGCAGCAGAAAAAGAAGGAUAAACUGAAAGGCAAGUGUUCUGUUAUGUGAGUAUACCUUGAAUGGCUGGACUCGCAUCACUGCAUGAUGUAAUAAGAGCAUGGACUUUCUCUCACAGAAUAUUCUCAUGUAAAGUGAAAACAGUCUGCUCAUAGGCAUUCGCUAGAAAUCCAAGAAGAAUAAACGUCCUGAAGGGUUUAUUUAAGGCCCAUAGUUUCUCUCUGAUAACUCAAUUGGGUCAUUUUAAUCAUUGACUGGGAAGAGAGAGUUUUUUGAAUGUGUCUUUUUAAGCAAAUGGAAUGUCCAGUGUUAGCCAUUACACAGUAGUCCAGGUUUUGAACAAAAAAGUUUACAAAUAAGAUCAAAAUACUGGAAUGUGUUUAAUAGAGGCAGAAAUCAUCUUUGUUAUCCCUGAAUAUAUAUUGUUUUUUAAAUAUUCUCAGAUUAUGUAUUAGCCUGAAACAAAAAUCCUGUUUUGCCUACAGUGUGUGUAUAUACUUCAAGGAAAAAUGUUUUCAGAAAUAUAGUGAAAUCUUUCACAAAGUUAGGGUAGGUACUAAGGAACAAACACAUGAUUUUUUUCAGAUAUGUACGUAUUUGGGGAGAGACUGACUGGCUUACCAAAGACAUGCUUGUUGUUUCAUAAUAAAAUUAAAUUUUGUGUAUUGUUAUGCAGCUACUAAUAUUUUACAGCUAUGUGACUUAUUAAAGCUAUUCCUGCAUGUAA